CUAUAAAAGUUAUUGCAGUAAAGUUAUUUUGCUAUUUUGAAAACUCUUAUUAUGAAGGAGACGUGGUACCGGAAGCAGUGGCUAACUUUAGCUAUCGGGAAGAAGAGAGAAAAGGAAGGUGGUUAUAUAGAAUUCAAAGAAAAGUAGGUGUGAUGAGAAGCGUGGGGAGAACACGAAAAGAGGAAACAAUAAUAUCCAGACUAAGAUUGGGUCAUACAGCAUUAAACAGUACACUAUUUAAAAUGGGAAAACACAAUUCGGGAAGAUGUCAAUAUUGUAAUGAAGAAGAAAAUUUAGAACAUGUGAUGCUUUAUUGUCAGAAGUAUGAUCAGGAGAGAAGGGAACUGAUAUUGAACCUUAAAGAAAUUAAGUUGAACUUUGAUUUACGGGAUCUUUUACAAAGAAGUUCAGAGGAGAAAUGUUUUUCCUUUUUGUUACAGUAUCUUAGGAGAACAAGAUUAAUAGAGAGAAUAUAAUUUAUGUACUUUCUCUUUUUUUUUUAUUUUUUUAUUUUUUUUUUAUUUUUAUUAUUAUUAUUUUAUUAUUAUUUAGUUAAACUCAGGAAUGUGUAAAGUCCCGGUCCACACUCCAUAUCAGUAGGUGGCGGUAAUACACCAAAAAGUUGUUUGUCAACCGCCAUAAAACAACACAAAGAAGAAGAAGAAGAAACUCCAAAGAAGAAGAAGAAGAACUUGAGCUAUCUGAUGGGAGAGAUCUGCUCCAGGGCUUGUUGUUAACUGAUUUUUUUCACCUUAGCACCUGUUGUUCAUUGAAUACAGACGGAGUGAACCAACAGGUCCCUUAUGUCAUGAUAAACUUGUUUAAAUGACAUUUUCGCAGUUAUAUCCGUUAGACAAGAAUGCUAAGUGAAGUUAGCUUAACGUGCUAACUGGAAAUUGACGGAUUGUUCUCCACACUCGGUGGAGUCAUCGAUAGAGAUCAGACGAUAGACGGACCCGAACGUAACCAACAACGCAGCUGAUGUCAGGGUGACCAACCCGCUUUAACGGAGUGUAUGUACAGUCUAUGGUCUGGAGGAAAAGUUGCUGUGAUUUAGAAACCAAAUGUCUGAAGUUGGAGAGCACGAGGAGGAACAGGAGUUCAAACUGCUGGACGCUGUUUACAACCCUGAUCUCCAGUUACACAGAUCAGAUGUCCAGCAGCUGUUUGGGGUUAAAGAAGAGCAGCAGGAGUUGAGCUCCAGUCUGAUCCAGCAGGACUCAGAGACUCCACACAUUAAAGAGGAACAGGAGGAGGUCUGGACCAGUCGGGAGGGAGAGCAGCUUCCAGGGCUGGAGGAGGCUGAUAUCAAGUUCCUUUUCACUUCUGUCCCUGUGAAGAGUGAAGAAGAUGAAGAAGUGAAAGCUCAGUCCUCACAGCUUCACAAAAGCACAACUGAGGAGAACAGAGAGGCAGAGCAUUUAAAAACAGAAACUGAUGAAGAGGAGUGUGGAGGAUCAGAAACAGCCAGGAGCUCAGAUCCAGACAGCCCUGUACAACUAGCUAAUCAUGAUAAGACUUCACAUUCCUCUGAACCUGAGACUGAUGACAGUAGUGAUUGGGAGGAGACCGGGGACAUGGAAUGUAUUACUGAAAAAUCAUCAUCUGAAUAUGCUAGAAACUUUGUCCACAAGGCACAUUUGCAGGAAAACACUGGAAUCCAAACUGGGGAGAAACCAUUUUGUUGCUCAGUUUGUGGUAAAAGGUUCCCCCGAAAAAAGUCCUUAACGGCUCACAUGAGACUUCAUUCAGAAGGAAAACGUUUCAGCUGCUCAGUUUGUAAAACAUGUUUUAGUACCAGUAGCAAUUUGGUUAGGCACAUGAGAAUUCAUACUGGGGAGAAACCAUUUAGUUGUUCAGCUUGUAGUAAAACAUUUGCACAUAAAGGACAUCUGGAACAACACCUAACUAUCCACACAGGAAAGAAACCAUUUAGUUGUUCAGUUUGUAGUGAAAGAUUUGCACACCAUCGUAGUUUGACACGGCACUCGGCUGUCCACACAGGGGAUCAGUCAUAUUCUUGUUCAGUUUGUAGUAAAAGAUUCACACAAAAGGGAAAUCUUAGACGACACUUGACCAUCCACACAGCGGAGAAAGCAUUAAGCUGUUUGGUUGGUGAUAAAAAACCUGCACACCAUACAAAUGGUAAACAAUUCCUCGCUGUCCCCACAGGGGAUAAACCAUUCAGUUGUACAGUUUGUAGUAAAAGAUUUGCACGAAAAGGACAUCUGAAACAACACCUGACUGUCCAUACAGGGGAGAAACCCUUUAGUUGUCCAAUUGGCGAUAAAAGAUUUGCACACCAUGCAAGUUUGAAACGACACUUGACUGUCCACACAGGAGAGAAACCCUUUAGUUGUUCAGUUUGUAGUAAACGAUUUACACAAAAGGGACAUCUUAAACAACACCUGACUGUCCAUACAGGAGAGAAACCAUUCAGUUGUUCAGUUUGUAGCAAGCGUUUUGCCCACCAUAGUAAUCUAAAACGACACUUGACUGGUCACACGGGAGAGAAACCAUUUAGUUGUUCAGUUUGUAGUAAAAGAUUUGCAGACCAUAGUGUUCUAAGACGACAUUUGAUUGUCCACAAAGGGGAUAAAACAUUUAAUUGUUCAGUUUGUAGUAAAAGUUUUGCACACCAUAGAAGUCUGAAACGACACUUGACUGUUCACAUUGGAGUAACCAUGUAGUUGUUCAGUUUGUAAUAAAACAUUGACCCGGCUGUAGAGUGUU